AUGUCCCCCCGUCCCACCACCCUCCUGGGCCUGGCGCUCUGUCUGGGUCACACGAUGCACACACAGGCGGGGACCCUGCCCAGUCGCUCCACCAGGGCUGAGCCGGACUCUGUAAGCCCCCAGAGGUGGCCUGUGACCAUUGUGUGCAGGGGCCCUGCUGGGGCUGAGGAAUUCCGUCUGGAGAGGAAGGGAAAUAGGAGAGACUUCAAGGAUGAGAAAGCUGUGUCUCAAAUUGGUCCACACCAGACAGAGGCCAGAUUCGGCAUCACCGCUGUGAGUGGAGACACUGCCCAGCAUUAUCAGUGCCUCUAUCGAACAGGUAGUAACUGGUCUGAGCCCAGUGAGCCCCUGGAGCUGGUGGUGACACCUCCCGCAGGCUUGCCGACAGAGCAUGUUUAUAUUCUCAUUGGGGUCCCUGUGGCCUUCCUCCUUUGUCUCCUUCUCCUGGGCCUUUUCCUCCUCCAUCGUCGGCACGAGAGAAAACGGGGGCCCCCCAGAAGCAAAGGUGAGGAGCAGAGGCCCCAGGAGAGGGUCAGCCCAGCUAUUGACGUCGCAGAUGGGACACCAGAUCUGGCCACUGUCGACAGACUUCCUGAGAAGAGUGGGGAAGUGGACACCUCAGCCCCUGCUGCAAGAGGCCCCCAGGAGGUGAUAUAUGCCCAGCUGGACCACCCGGCCCUCACACGAAGGGGCCUCACACAGUUCCCACUGUCCAGAGAGCACACAGCCAAGUCCAGCAUGUAUGCAGCCCUUGCCAGAAACUGA